GCGGGUCGGCAGUUGGCGGGACGCGGGACCGGUUUCCGGGAGGUGCUGUCAUGGCGCCCCGGGGGACGAGCCCUAUUAGGGGAGCGAGCCUCCUUGUUCGAGGAGACCGCGAGGCGUCCCGGGACUGUUUGGGGAAGGGUUCGGAGGGCGACGCCGAGAUCUGGAACCGCGAUGGGAGAAACCGGAGUUUGUAGACGUGAUGGGGUUCUCCGAGCUCGAGGAGCUUCCCCUCCCCUACUCGGCUCUGUUCUUGCUCCCCGUUUAGGGGGGAUCUGUGGUUUCGGAUAUUUAGGGCAAAAACCAUGUCCAAGUAGGGAGCAAACUGAAGUCGACAUCCUUCCAGGGAUUUGAGGGUGAAAGGGUGUGCGUACAUGUCUGAGUUGUCACUUGUGGUGUCGACUUGAGGUUCCUCCGCUCCUGGGGCCGCAGGCAGUCCCUCUGGGCGGGACAGAUCUCGCCAGAUCCUCUCCUGGUCUCAUUUGUUUUGAGCUUUUGAUCCUGGCUAGCCACUUCCUAGAAAAAGGUGUACCUAAAACUCAGUAUGUUCCCAAAUCGGUCUACCCUUCCAAACCUCUUUAUUCCUUUACUUUUUAAAAAUGCAUUUUUAUUGAUUUUAGAGAGGAAGGGAGAGAGAAACAUCAGUGACGAGAGAGAAAAUCAUUGAUGGGCUGCCUCCUGCACGCCCCACAGUGGGGAUGGAGCCUGCAACCCGGGCAUGUGCCCUGACCGGGAAUCGAAUGGUGACCUCCUGGUUCGAGGCUCAACCACUGAGCCACGCCAGUGGGGACACUAUUUCUUUUAAAUACACCACCUCGUGGUCAGCUAAGAGCAUACGCUGGCAUGAUCCCAUCUUGUAGAGGCGUGGUCCCCCCUUUUCCCUCCUUAGUUAAGCCUCUUCCCUACCUUGGUUAAUCCUCUCUCCCUUGGUGAGGUUGGUCUCAUCCCCAACUCCUACUCCUAGUAACUCGCUCUUGGGCAAAUGAAGGGCAAAGACUGAUGGGGUCACUCAAAUCUAAAACUUAAUCAGAGAUUCCCUAGUACAAGCGCCCUGGCCCUGACCAGCUCGUCCACCUUUCUCUUCUUCCUCUUUGUCAACCAGCCAGUCCUCCUCUUCAUUCCCCUAAAGGGGCUGGCGCUUUGGGGACUGAACCUUCCUCCUGUUCUCCCUGCUACCUGGGAAAUGACCCCUUCCUAAGUCUGCCAGUCGCAAUCAGACGACCUUUUUUCAAGAGUCGGAUAAAAAUACAUGUUCAUUUUAGCCUCCAAAAUGAGGCCUUGAUUUUAGUUCCAUCUACUUAGUCAUUACUGUUGAGUGCUUACUUGAUGUAUGCUAAGUUCUGACCUAGGCUCUUGGCAGAGGGGCUGGCAUGAGUUGAAGGGUGCUUUUUAGAUUGGAGCCAGCAGGAAAUGUCUCUCGGAGCAACAUGCCUGAAGGAAGUGGAACUCGUGGUCUUUCCAGGCAGCAGGAGCAACAAGUGCAAAGUAUUAUGGCGGAACAGGAUGUGGAAAACGAGCUUCUGGAUUAUGAGGAAGAUGAAGAGCCCCAGGCUCCUACAGAGAGCACCCCGGUACCCCCCAAGAAAGAUGUCAAGGGGUCCUACGUUUCCAUCCACAGCUCUGGCUUCCGGGACUUUCUGCUGAAGCCUGAGCUCCUGCGGGCCAUAGUGGACUGUGGCUUUGAGCAUCCAUCUGAGGUUCAGCACGAGUGUAUUCCCCAAGCCAUCCUGGGCAUGGAUGUCCUGUGCCAGGCCAAGUCCGGAAUGGGCAAGACUGCAGUCUUCGUGCUGGCCACCCUACAGCAGAUCGAGCCCGUCAAUGGACAGGUGACCGUCUUGGUCAUGUGCCACACUCGGGAGCUGGCCUUUCAGAUCAGCAAGGAGUAUGAGCGCUUCUCCAAGUACAUGCCCAGUGUCAAGGUGUCCGUGUUCUUUGGGGGUCUCUCCAUCAAGAAGGACGAAGAGGUGCUGAAGAAGAACUGUCCCCACGUCGUGGUGGGGACGCCAGGCCGCAUCUUGGCACUCGUGCGGAACAGGAGCCUCAACCUGAGAAACGUGAAGCACUUCGUGCUGGACGAGUGUGACAAGAUGCUGGAGCAGCUGGACAUGCGGCGGGAUGUACAGGAGAUCUUUCGCCUGACGCCACACGAGAAGCAGUGCAUGAUGUUCAGUGCCACCCUGAGCAAGGAGAUCCGGCCCGUCUGCAGGAAGUUCAUGCAAGAUCCUAUGGAGGUGUUUGUGGACGACGAGACCAAACUCACGCUGCAUGGGCUGCAGCAGUACUAUGUCAAGCUCAAAGACAGCGAAAAGAACCGUAAACUCUUCGACCUCCUGGACGUGCUAGAGUUUAACCAGGUGGUGAUCUUCGUGAAGUCGGUGCAGCGCUGCAUGGCCCUGGCGCAGCUGCUCGUGGAACAGAACUUCCCAGCCAUCGCCAUCCAUAGGGGCAUGGCCCAGGAGGAGCGCCUAUCACGCUAUCAGCAGUUCAAGGACUUUCAGCGGCGGAUCCUGGUGGCCACCAAUCUGUUUGGCCGAGGGAUGGACAUUGAGCGAGUCAACAUCGUCUUCAAUUAUGACAUGCCUGAGGACUCGGACACCUACCUCCACCGGGUGGCCCGUGCGGGUCGCUUUGGCACCAAAGGCCUGGCUAUCACUUUUGUGUCUGAUGAGAAUGAUGCCAAAAUCCUCAAUGAUGUUCAGGAUAGGUUUGAAGUAAACGUGGCAGAGCUUCCUGAAGAAAUUGACAUCUCCACAUACAUUGAGCAGAGCCGAUAACCACACACCUGACAUCCCGGAGCCACCCUGCUUCCCACGUGCUGCUUCAAGUCCUCUUUCUAGGCGACAGUGGAGCUUUCUUUUUACUGUUCAAACACUGUAGAUUUGUGUAAGAAUACAUUUUUAUUAUGGAA